UGCAACAAGCGAUCAGCAAGUUUUAACCUCUGAUGGACAAACCUCCCCUUUCCGUUGUCGAGGGGGGCCGCACGUUUACCCUGUCACCUCCCCCUUCUUCCCUUAAAAAAAGAAUAGUUGUGGUUAAAAUGUCGGCACAGAUCGUUUGGUAUUCAGUAUCGUUCAGCAGCUAACGGCUAGCAGUCAGCAAUGGAACAUAUGAACAGUUCAGGUUUUCGAUAUGAAUUUAGAAUUAUUGUACUAUUAGGAAUGAUGGGUUUGCAGUUUCUAAUAGUUUACUCGUAUCCAUUGGGCUUAGAAUCUAGAGGUAUAGGCAUUCAUCAAGGAGUACCAAGUUAUUUGCCAGCAUACAACGGAAUCUUCAGUAUACAUGCUCUCAACUUUACUCCAUCUGCAGUCGACAAAACGGAAAAUUAUAUCCAUGUAGGAAAUCAAGAAACUAUCCUGAACUAUGCUUCCAAUGUUUCAUUGGAAAAUUCAGCUUCAACUAACGAGACACCAACAACCCUUUCUGAAAGAAACGACAUUGAUGACCAGUCGUCGAAUGCAGUGAAUCUUCAUUUAGACGAUGGCACGGAAAGCAACGAAGUUGAUUCUCCUUCCAACAAAAAAGAUGAUCCUCUCAAGGUAGUAGAGCCGGCCACUUUCCCACAGAUACAAGUUGUCACCAAGACCAUCUCCGAGGAAACGUUUCAGCCAACUUCAACGACAACAACUACAUCAACUGAAUCCACAACUGUAACAACUGCUGAAGAGGAACUUGCCAGAAACGAAGCAACGGUUACUGUGGAGAUAUCUCUGGAUGAAAACCAUAGAUAUUCUCAUUCUAACGAAAGUGAGACUCUACUGUCAGGUUCAGAAGAGGAUCCAGUGGAAACAGAUGACAAGCAAGACAUUUUUGAUAAUUUUAUAGAACCAAUCCAGAAUGUUUGGCAAGAAUUUGUGGGUAAAUUGAAAAUGAGUGUCCUAGAAGUAUGGAAGUCUAUCUCGCAUCAUUUGAUGGAGAGAUUAGAAAGCUUUGCAACAACUCCUUAAUACUAUGUCUUCUUUUAAAAAAUAGGAAUAAGCAAAUUACCGUUUCUUGGGUCUUCAGGAUUAGAGUGAGCAUAGUAAUACUUCUUACUUAGAGACGCGCACUGGGUUUCCGAAAGUUGCAAAACCGUUGGAAGCGUUUUGAUUUUCUUACAGUCAGUAAUCAAUUUAUUCUCAAUUCCUCCUUUAAAAUUUAUGUUUCUUUCAUUUCUUAUUUUUCCAAUAAUUUUAAAACAUUGUAAAAAUUUCAGACAAAAUUACAAGCUGUUGCUCUAUCUAGGUAUAUAUGCACACCUGAUUGAGUAAAUAAAGCAUCUUUUAAUUUUAUUUUUGAGAAACAUUCUGAUAAAAAUUGCUCGUUUUAUUAGAAGGAUGUUAUGGAAAUCUAUUCCUACAAGAAAAGUAAUUUAUUUUGAUAUUCUUUUAGAAUUGUUUAGAAUUAAAACAUAAAUUCAGCCAUAGGUUCAAGUGGUGGUUCAAUCCAUAUUUGCUCAAAUCAAGAUUUCUUAAACUGUGAUUCAAAAUUCGAAAUUCACGGAACAAAUCUGAAGUCAGCAAAAAAUUUAAAU